AUCAGGACAAUCAUCAUAGCUUGGUUCAGGGGCAUCCUGCAGCUUCUCCAGGAGUGUGACUUCAAGGGCUUCACGGCAUACAGGACAUUUGGGCUAUGAAAACAAGAGGUAAAGCCUUUGAUGACUAGACACAGCUAAUAAGCUUGAGGUCUAACACUCACCUGCUACCACUGAACGUUCUUGAGGUCUGGCCCAAGAGCAAUCAUGUCAAUUGUGACUGUGCAGCUUGGACAAUGUGGAAAUCAGAUCGGACUGUCUUUUUUCCAGACCCUCAUGUCUGACCUCGCCCACAGUACAGUGAGUUCCAAUCAGGAUUACAAGGAUGAAUGUCUUGAGAGAUUCUUCCAUCAAUCCCUUGAGGAAGGAUCCUCAAAGACCACACCCUCAGCCAGAGCUGUCAUGGUUGACAUGGAGAGCAAAGUCAUCCAGAAUACUGUUGCUACUGCGAAGAAGUCGGGCACCUGGCGGUAUCCAGACAAGCAACAGUUCUGCAGGAAGCGUGGGGCAGGGAAUAAUUGGGCAGAUGGGUUCUAUGGUCAUGGCUCGGUGGUGGAGGAGCAAGUUCUGGAGAUGGUUCAACGGGAGGUGGAGAAGUGUGACAGGUUUGGUGGCUUCCUGAGCCUGAUGAGUGUAGCAGGUGGUACAGGGUCUGGUGUAGGUACACGCAUCACGCAAUGCCUGAAAGACCGAUAUCCGCAGGCUUUGCUUAUGAACCAACUAGUGUGGCCGCACUGCAGCGGUGAGGUCAUCCUGCAGAACUACAACGCUGUCCUGUCCCUGGCUCAUCUCUAUGAAUGCGCCGAUGCCAUCAACAUCAUUCAUAAUGACCACAUGCGCAAGAUCUGCUCCAGCUUCAGCAGCACCGGAAGCUCAAACAGUGGGGUAUCUUUCACCGAUAUGAAUAAACUCAUCGCAGAGCACAUGGCUAUAUUGCUUCAACCUAGCCACCACAGCGGCAGAUCGUCCACAGUCUGUGACAUGAUGGGGACUUUGGUGUCACACCCUGACUAUAAGCUUCUCACCAUGUAUUGUGUGCCACAGACCUCUGAAGGAUCUCUUCCAUUCAGUACCUUUGCCUGGCCUGGUCUUAUGAAACGCCUCCAUCAGAUGGUCGUCAAUGCAUCAGUCAUGGAGGAAGGUCUUAACUGGCAAGUCAAGCCCGGUUCCACACAUAGCAACAAGUGCAUCAGCAAUCACCUCAUCCUCAGAGGAAAGGACUCCACCACAGCAGACAUUUCUCCUUUACGGAACAGCGCCCUCUACGUUGGCUGGAUCCCUUCCGACUUUGCCUUCACGUGUUCCCAUCAGUCGAGGCAGUUCCGAGCGUAUGAAAAGUCGGCCUGCCUGAUGAGCAAUGGAAGAACUGCAGUUGGGAGCCUGAACACGAUUGUAAGGAAGGCAUGGGACAUGUUCGCCAUGAGGGCAUAUGUGCAUUGGUAUGUCAGGCAUGGCAUGGAAGAAGAGAAGUUUAUUGACAGCUUCGCAAGUUUGGAACAGGUCCUUGACAACUACAAGCAGAUUUGAACCAAAUCUGAAGCCCAAUAAGGUGAUCAGCUUCGAGUGGUUUUACUUGCAAACUAUGACUCUGUACUUUUAAGACACUCCAAUGUGUACAAGUUUUUGUAAUAUGAUGACAAUCUAUAGAUCUUGUACUCCAUAUUUUUUUUUGGAAGCACUCUUUAUCAGACUGAAGAUUCUUCCAUCUCUUUGGUAUUUUUUUUGUCUGUUCAUCUUUCAUUUUUGUAUGUGUAGAACAAAGAAUGUAAGAUAUUCAAUGCAAUUACAUGUACC